GCUCGGUGUCCCUCUGCUGCGCCGCCAGCCCCUCGCAGCCCCCUCGCAUGUCUUGCAUGGGAAGCCUGGCCGGGGUUUGCCGGUGAGCUCUGUAUCGCUGCUGUGCCCGGCUCACCCUAUUUUCUUCCAUUUGUAUGUGAUGGUUGUUCAGGAAUAUUUUGCCUUGAGCACAGAAGCAGAGAGUCGCACAGCUGUCCUGAGGUGACUGUAGUCAAGGAGAGGCUGAAGUCAGAUACACAUGCGUCUUACCCAUGUGCGUUCAAGGGCUGUGCUGAGAAAGAGCUUGUACCAGUGACCUGUCCUCACUGUGAGAAGAACUUUUGCCUGAGACACCGUCACCAGUCAGAUCAUGAAUGUGAAAAACUGGAACUCCCUAAGCCUCGCAUGGCUGGCACUCAGAAACUUGUUAGAGACAUUAUUGAUUCCAAGACAGGAGAGACAGCGAAUAAGCGACGGAAGGGUGCAAAAAAUAGCGCAACAGCUGCCAAGGUAGCACUGAUGAAAUUAAAGAUGCAUGCUGAUGGGGAUAAGUCACUGCCCCAGACGGAAAGAGUCUACUUGCAGGUUUUCUUACCCCAGGGGAGCAAAGAGAAGAGCAAACCCAUGUUCUUCUGCCAGCGCUGGAGCGUUGGGAAGGUCAUCGACUUUGCAGCUUCUUCAGCCAGUCUCAGAAACGACAACAACAAGUCCACAGCCAAGAAGUUAAGGCUCUGUCACAUGACUUCUGGAGAAGCGUUGCCCUUGGACCACACGCUGGAAGCCUGGAUGGCCAGGGAGGACUGUCCCUUAUACAACGGCGGGAAUGUUGUCUUGGAGUAUCUUAGUGAGGAAGAACAGUUUUUAAAGAAUGUCGACUCUUACUUGGAAUAGUCAUUCAAGGAUUCAAUCCAGGAAUCAUGAGGAAAAGUCUCUGUGAAGGCAGUUUCUUUUACUACAAAUACUAUAAGUAUUUUUCUAAGUUGCUCUUACAUUUUUUUCAUUAUGUCAUAAUGUCCAUGAUCAGUUUUCUAUAAAUUGAAUUUAAAUUUUUUGUUUUAAAGUUUAACUAUGAAUUGACAGCUAUUAGCACGUUAUCGUGUUUAAUUAGCUUUUGUUAGGUGUGUUGCUCGUGGGGCUGUGAGCUGUUUUUUGACUGCGACUGCUCCGCGUCACCUUGACUCCAGGAUCCACACUGAGUGUUCCGAUGUCCCUUUUGGGACGUUGCUGUUCUGUGCAGAGGAAGAAAGAUGCUCUGCAGGAUACAUGUA